AUGUCAGGCAUGUUGAAGAAACGGCAGAUAUUACAGCGAGCGCAUCCAGUCGAUGAGAAACUCGGCAAUCCUUACUUUAACAACGAACAAGUCCAGCACCCACACCAUGAGUCGGGAAACCCCUACCCCGAGGUGGUACUCUACCACGAUUACGCAGACGUCAAACAAAGCUACACCCAACACUAUCCGGAGAAAUCAGCUCAAAGUUUCACCAAGAAUGAAAAGGCGAAAGAAUCUGGUUCGUAUCCCGAAGGACCGCAUUACAUGAUGGAAUUACUCCCUGAUCAGGAAACGGGUCCCGAGAGAAAUCAUGAGUUGGAACAAGGAGAGCAGGGGGAGUUACCACCUCCUCCUUCUGACGUGAUGCUUUCCUCUUUCCCCGAAGUGGUACCUCAGAUUAAUGCUGAAGAGGACUUGCCUGAGCUGAAGACAAUGUCUUCCUCAAUGGGAAUAUCUCGCAUUGCUCCCGACAUGGAGCCAACACACAACCCUAAACUGGGGCAGCCGAUGGCAGCAGAGGUGGGGUCACUGGCAUCCAAAGAGUCACCUCAUGCCUUCCCCAAGGUGGCACCAGCUCCCAAAGUGCCCAAUCCAUCCUCGCCUGAAGUCCCACCUCCAUCUACACCUGAGGUCCCACCUCCAUCUACACCUGAGGUCCCACCUCCAUCUACACCUGAGGUCCCACCUCCAUCUCCACCUGAGGUCCCACCUCCAUCUACACCUGAGGUCCCACCUCCAUCUACACCUGAGGUCCCACCUCCAUCUACACCUGAGGUCCCACCUCCACCUGAGGUCCCACCUCCAUCUACACCUGAGGUCCCACCUCCAUCUACACCUGAGGUCCCACCUCCAUCUACACCUGAGGUCCCACCUCCAUCUGAGGUCCCACCUCCAACCUCACCUGAGGUCCCACCUCCAUCUACACCUGAAGUCCCACCUCCAUCUACACCUGAGGUCCCACCUCCAUCUACACCUGAGGUCCCACCUCCAUCUCCACCUGAAGUCCCACCUCCAUCUCCACCUGAGGUCCCACCUCCAUCUACACCUGAGGUCCCACCUCCAUCUACACCUGAGGUCCCACCUCCAACUUCACCUGAAGUACCUCCUUCACCUACAGUUGAAGUGCAAGCUAUAUCUCUAUCCAUUCUACCUUCAACCCCCCCUGAACUAACACCGCAAACAUCACCCAAUGGACCACACCAACCAUCUCCUGAGGAACCACAUCCAAAUGCAGCCAAUGGAUCACCACCUGCAUCUGCACCUAACAAUCCACCUCCACCUCCACCUUCACCUGAAGUUGCACCUCCACCUUCACCUGUGCCUCCACCAUCUUCAUCUAUACCUCCUCAAUUUUCAGCUGAAGUACCCCCUCCAUCUUCACCUGACAUCCCACCUCCUUCACCUGAAGCCCCACCUCCACCUUCACCUGUGGAGCCUCCUCCAACUUCACCUGUGGAAUCUACUCCGCCUUCACCUGAAGUCCAACCUUCACCUGAAGUCCAACCUUCACCUGAAGUCCAACCUUCACCUACACCUGUGGAGUCGCCUCCACCUUCACCUGAAGUCCCACCUUCACCUACACCUGAAGUCCCACCUACACCUACACCUACACCUGUGGAGCCUCCUUCACCUACACCUGUGGAGCCUCCUCCAACUUCACCCGUGGAAUCUCCUCCACCUUCACCUGAAGUCCAACCUUCACCUACACCUGUGGAGCCUCCUUCACCUACACCUGUGGAGCCUCCUGCACUUACACCUGAAGUCCCAGCCUCCUGCACCACCUGA